GGGCCAGGAGGCCCCUGUGCCAGCCACGGAGCCAGAGCCAAGCUUGUAGGCUGCUGCGGGCUGAGAGCCGUGAGCGCAGAUUGUCUCCAUCCUGGGAGCCGGUUGUGGGCAGAGACCCCCAGAACAUGGACCGAGUGACCAGAUACCCCAUCCUCAGCAUCCCCCGCUCAUCCCGUGUGACCAGUGUGGCCCUCGAUGGGGACACCAGCUACACUAUUGAGCUGGUGGGCGUGGGGUCCAUGGCCAGUGGCUGGGGCCAGGAUAAGCCACAGGCAUGGCCCACUGACCAUGAGGCCCGGCUGGAAAUGGUGCAGACAGGGACGUCUCGCAGCCUGCAUGCCUUCCCUGGCCAGCUGUCCCCAUGGCCACCCUGCCCGGAGGACGAUGAGGAUGAGGAGGUGAAGGCCUACCACCUGGAGACCAGGGGCACCCAGCCCAGGCGGCCACAGGACCUGGAGCGAGAGCGCCGGGUGGUCAUCCAGGGCCAGGCGGUCAGAAAGAGUGGCAUGGUGGCCACACUCCAUGGCACCCCUGACCACGGGGAACCCAGGACCCCCGGCCGACUGCAGGCCACGCCCCCAGAGGAGAACAUGAUCGACAGAGAGCAGAUCGACUUCCUGGCAGCGAGGCAGCAGUUUCUGAGCCUGGAGCAGGCAAACCCCCCUGCCAGGCCAGCCUAUGCGAAUGCGGGGGCCCCUCGGAACCGCCCAUCCGGGCCCAGCCAGGCCUCCAAGUCCCUGAACGGGCCACCCCUGCCCAAUGGGUGUGUCACCCCAGUCAAGUCCCAGGUGAAGGAGGUGGUCGUGGAGGAGAAGAGGGUCCCUGGUUCGUCUGCCAGGUCUGGUGUCCCAGCCAUGGACGACCCUGCUUCCCAGUCCCGCGCAGAGUCACCAGAGCCCCCCAAGGAGACGCCCAUCGAGCGGGAGAUCCGGCUGGCACAGGAGCGGGAGGCAGACCUCCGAGAGCGGAGGGGGCUGCAGCGGGUGUUCAGCCAGCAGGAGCUGGUGGAGAUCCCCGCCAGGCCGCUGCUGACCAGGGUGAGCCUGGCUGCAGCCCCACAGCGGGGCAGGGGGCGCCCGUCUCUCUACGUGCAGCGGGACCUUGCGCAGGAGACGCAGCGCGAGGAGGACCACCGGCGGGAGGGCCUGCAGGUGGGCCGGUCGGCCACGCCUGACUGCUUCUCUGAGGGCCCGCCACCUGGACUCAGGAGAGCCCACAGCUCAGACUCCAUCCUGGGCCCAGCCCCCGACGCCAGGGCGGCCAGCCCUGCUCCCGAGGUGAGGAAGGUGAACCGCAUCCCACUUGAUGCCUACCAGCCGUACCUGAGCCCCAGAACGCCCCCAGUAGAGUUCCCAGCCUUCCGUGCGAAUCUCAAGCCCAGCAGCCUCCCUGCAGAUAAGGCCAGGGCCGGGAGCGCUCCACAGGCCGCAGUGGCGCAGAGCCUUCUCUCGGAAUCCUCUGGAGAACCCUCGGGCACAAGGCAGGUGCCCCCCAGGGGCCCCCUGCACCCCAGAGGGCUUGUGCGCCAUGAGUACUUCCUCCUGCGCCCCCUGAGGUUUGCGGUCCCGGGUGUGCCUGAGAAAGCUGAGGCCCCCCGAGUUUGGGGCUGGGAGGUGGCCGGGGCCCCGGCACUGAAGCUGCAGAGGUCCCAGUCAUCUGAGCUGCUGGAGAGGGAGGUGGAGAGUGUCCUGCGGCGGGAGCGGGAGGUGGCCGAAGAGCGGCGGAGUGCUCUGUUCCCGGAGGUCUUCUCCCCACCCCUGCCGGAUGAGUGCUACGACCAAGACUCCAGGAACUCCUCCCAGGCAUCUGGCAUCACGGGCAGCUGCGCAGUGUCUGAGUCACACUUCUUCACCCCAAUUCACCUGCACUCGGGCCUGGCGUGGACAGUGGUAGAGGCCCCGGCUGAGGCUGCCCCUCCACAGAGAAAGAAGAGGGAGCAGUGGGCACCGGGGACUGAACCCAGGACAUCGUGCAUGCUGAGCACGCGCUCCACCACUGAGCUACACUCUCCUCUCCUUGUUAUUUUUGAUUAUUACCUGCACCUCACGUGGGACGUGCUCAGGGGUCUGCACGUGCUGUGGCUUUAACACCCUGGAGAGAUGUUUUGCCCCCUGUUUUUUUAGAGAAAGCCAAAGUCACGCACGCGCAGGGUCACAUGGCCAGGUCCCCAAGCCAGGACUUGAGCCCAGGCCUGGCUCUGAACCCCACAUUUGCAGCCACGAGGCUGCCUCCUCCCUGGGUGGGUAUUGUUGGCACCAGGGAGAAAAACACUGCCCCCAGGCUCGCCCACCUGGCGGUCACAGCCUGGCCUGGUGGUUUGGGGCAGAGUGGAGCCCAGGGACCUGGGUUCAAGUCCCAGCCCUGCCACUGGCUGGCUGUAUGAUGUUGGGCCCCUCUCUGAUCCUCAGUCUCCUCCUCUGCAAAAUGAGCAUGGUAAUGAGAACAGACUCCUUCAAACCUUCGAGGGCCUGGUGGCAGCAAGAGCUCCAUAAAUGUCAAUUGUCUUUAUUACAAGGAAGUUUACAAAGAGAAAACAGUUGCAAAUGAUGGCCCAAGGCAUCCCCAAGGGGACUAGUGUGAGGGAACAGCCUGGUGGAUGGCUCUGAGUUUGGGGUGACCAAGUGGCACUGGGGGGACCACUGUGGCCCGGGAUCGCUUCCCUUCUGCCCUAAGUAGUGACUGAGUGGGCUCUGGGGUGGGACAGGGUGGAAGACCCCAGGGGAUGACGUCUGUUCCUCCCUGCAGUAUGCUGGCAUCAGCCCCUUGGACCACAUUAACUCGGAGGUGAGUGUGCUCCCAGGGG